CUCAACUACUACGAACCAAUAAAAGUAUGCAACAAAUUUACUGCACUUUUCUGAUUUAACAUUUAAAAAAAGUUAUUAUAAAAUGCAAUGUUUAAAAGUAUUUACUGUUCUGAGUAUUCUGUUGAGUAUUUGUUUGUUAAUUAAUGCUAAAUGUGUAGAAAAUGAAAAAGAAAAAAAUAAUUUGGAAUGCACUUUUGAUGAUUUAAAAGAGGUGAACAACCAAAGAAAUAAGGAUAAAUACAGAAUAUUAAAAAUACAAGGUUUACAAACAAAAAAAUUCGAUACAACAUUAGAUUAUCCAUCAAUAACACGACUUCACAUCACACAAUCACGACAAUUAGAAGAAAUCGAACCAGAUGUUUUAUCAAAUUUAGAAGCAUUAAUAUACUUAACUAUUGAUUUCACCAAAUUACGUAUAAUCAAAGAAAAAUCAUUUAAUAAUUUACAUCAGUUAAAAGAAUUAAAUUUAGAAUCAAAUCAAAUUAAAAAAAUUGAACGAGAUGCAUUUGAAACGUUAAGUGAUUUAAUCUUCUUAGAUUUAUCACACAAUAAACUCAAAAAACUUGAAUCAGGUAUAUUUGAUAAUUUGAGUAAUUUACAAAAAUUGAAAUUACACUCAAAUGAAAUUACUCAAUUACCAACGGAUUUACUUUUAAAUCUUUUUAAUUUAAAAGAAUUUUAUUUAUCAUAUAACAAAUUAAAAACCGUUGCUGAUGAUACAUUUAAAUCAACACCGUUUAUACAGGCUGCAACUUAUAAAACAUCUGACUCACCUUUGGAAUUAAUCGAUUUGUCUGGUAGUAACAUCGAAAAAAUAACCGCAAAAUCAUUUCUACAUUUACCAAAUUUAAAAACAUUAGAUUUACAUCAAAAUCAAAUUAAAGAUAUUGAUCCGAAAGCGUUUGUAGAAUUAAAGAAUUUACAAACUUUACACUUAAGUGUCAAUUCAUUUGGUUCAAAAAUCAAUCAAAUUGAUUUUUCAAAUUUAAAGAAACUCACGAAAUUAAAUUUGUCGUUUUGUAAGAUAAAACAUUUUGAUGGUAAAACAAUAAAAGCGUUAAAAAAAUUAAAUUCGUUUGAAAUUAGCUUUAAUGAAUUAAAAGAAAUUCCAUUAAAUAUGUUUAAUUAUACAAAACAUUUAAAAGAAUUGUUAAUAGCGGGGAAUCAAAUUAAGUUAAUUACAUCAAGUACUUUCGAUAAUUUAAAAGAAUUGCGGACAUUAGCAUUAGAUUCAAAUCAAAUUGAAGAUAUUGAAAGUGGUGCCUUUUUACAAUUAAAAAGUUUAAUAAAAUUAAAUUUAUCGAGAAAUAAAUUGAAAGAUAUAAAGGUUGGUACAUUUGAUUCUGUGCACAGUAGUGGUACCACCAGUGAUUCAGUUGAUGUUACGUCGCGAUUACUUGAACUUAAUUUAAGUUUUAAUCAAAUAUCUAGUCUUAAUACAGCAGCGUUUGAUCCGCUGAGAAAUUUAAUUACACUUAACUUAGUUGCAAAUGGAAUUAAAAAAAUACCAGAUAACUUUUUUAGGCGAAUGACUAAGUUACAAAUAUUAGAUCUUGGGUAUAAUAAAAUAAAAACGUUACCAGAAAAUGUAUUUUCACCUUUGGGUAAUAGUUUAGUUGAAUUGCAAUUAAGUACAAAUGAAUUUGAAUACAUUAAAGCGGUGGUUUUUGAACCACUUGAAAAAUUAGAAACGUUAAACUUAAAAAAAAAUCAAUUAAAAGUACUCGAUGUAGAAACUUUUAAUUUGCCGUCUUUACGAAUCGUGAAUUUACAUUCAAAUCGUUUAACGUAUUUGCCACCAAAUUUAUUGCAUGGUGAUAAUUGUAUUGUUGAGAAUUUUUCAGUUUAUUUUAAUCGAUUAACAUUUGUUGAGAAUGCAUUUUUCGAAAAUACACAUUUAAAACAGUUCAGUUUUGGACGUAAUCCAUUUAUUUGCAAAUGUUUAGAUGAAAUGAUAAAUGUAUUAAAAUCACAACGAAUUCAAUACUACGCGCAAGAAUUGCAAGGUGGAGCGCCAUCUUGUGUUAUUACACAGAAUAAUACAUGCAUACAUGAUUUAAGUAAUUCUGAGGAAAUAUUUAAACAGUAUAAUAUUAUUUUACAGCAGUAUCCAGUAAUGUGCACUAAUCCAGAUUUAUGUUAACGCAACGCUUUUUUCAUUUAAUAAUUCAUUCUUAUUAAGAUCAAAAGUUCGUUUUAAAAUAAUUUUUCCAAUAAAUCUUAAGGUAAGGAAUUUAAGUCAUUUAAAUUGAUGUGAGAACUAUUUCUUAUGUUAAGCUAGUUUCAGUCUUGGUUUAUGGCUUAGAACACUGCAAGUUCCAUUCUAAACCUUUGAAAUAGUUACCAGCAAAGAUUAUCCAUACCGAUUUCUCACUGGAAAAUGAACUCUUUCUAAUGUUGAUUGCCGGCACGAGUGCCUUUAAUGAAUGACUAAAUAUUCUUUAGGAAAGAUUUUGUUGGAAUUUUUCGAUUAAUCUAGGUAUGUAAAAUCACGUCAUAUUCUUAUUUUGAGAAUAAAACUAGUUGACCUUGCAACAAACGUAAGUUUUAUUUUAAUAGUUCGCAAAAAAAAAUGUUUAAGUAAU